AUGGCACGUGAGGGGGCAGAACGGCCGCCUGAGGAAACCUUGUCGCUCUGGAAACGGGAGCAAGCCCGGCUGAAGGCCCGCGUCGUAGACUGGGACACGGAGGCGUGGCAGCGGGACCCCGACUUCUCGGGUCUGCAGAGGGUCGGGGGCGUGGACGUGUCCUUUGUGGAAGGGGACAGCGUCAGUGCCUGCGUCUCCCUAGUGGUGCUCAGCUACCCUGAGCUCGAGGUAGUGUACGAGGAGUGCCGUAUGGUGACCCUGACAGCCCCCUACGUGUCGGGGUUCCUGGCCUUCCGAGAGGUGCCCUUCCUGGUGGAGGCCGUGCAGCGGCUGCAGGAGAAGGAGCCCGAUCUGAUGCCCCAGGUUCUCCUCGUGGACGGAAAUGGGGUGCUCCACCACCAAGGCUUCGGGGUGGCCUGCCACCUUGGCGUCCUCACAGACCUGCCCAGUGUCGGGGUGGCCAAGAAGCUCCUGCAGGUGGACGGGCUGGAAAAGAGUGACCUACACAAGGAGAAGAUACGACUCCUGCGGGCUGGAGAAGACACGUUUCCCCUGGUAGGGGGCUCUGGGGUGGUCCUGGGAAUGGCCCUGAAGAGCCAUGACCACAGUACCAAUCCCCUGUACGUCUCCGUGGGCCACAGGAUAAGCCUGGAGGCCGCCGUGCGCCUGACCCGCGCCUGCUGCAGGUUCCGGACUCCAGAGCCCGUGCGCCAGGCUGACAUCCGCUCCCGCGAGUACAUCCGCAGGACCCUGGGGUCCCAUGGGCCCCCCGCACUAAGACAGGAGAGAAUCCAGAAGGCGCAGAGAUCAGAGGCAUGCCCACGAGGAGGCUUGGGAGAGCCCGAGGGUGAGGACAGGUCCCCCCAGGACCACAGCCCAGACCCUGGGGCAGAGCUGGAUGAGCCGUCCGAGGCCCCCAGGGAUAGUGGGAACCUUAAAAAUAGGGCUGUGAUGAUGUCUGUCUCCACGGACCAGAGUCUGUACCGAGCUAAGAAUACCCCGUAA